GCACGAUGUACGACUAUGCAUGCGUCACAUUUUGGUGGGUCGCACUACCCUAGCCUUUAGCGCAGCAUGCAUGCAUGCACCGUGCACCGAGCUAAUUUGCAAAAUGGCGACAGGCGGUGGACUAGUAUCUUCUAAUAAACGUUCCAAAAUCAGCCCAGGAGGACCAUCAACUUCAUCAGAAAAGGUAGAGCCGAGAAAUAUCCACUGGCACAAAACUGCAACUCGUAGACAUCGAAACCUUCAACCCUGGAUGACGAAUAUCUCUGAAGAUCCCAGUAAAAUGUGCCACAGCAGGAAAUAGUAAAGUCUCCAAUGGCAGCAUGGUCACCAAUCACGAUUCACCCUCCCCAAGGAAGGACACCAGAGCUCCCCAUGGCUCAUCUGGACUUCACAGCCCGACCAACAAUCGGAGGACUUCUCAGUCGAAUUAUGACACGCUCCACGUCGAUGUGGAACUUGCCAACCGCCGCUUUGGGACAGUGUCCCCUGGCCGACGUUGUUUAUCCGAUUCGAAGCUCAGUGUCCGCAAGAGGCAGAAGAACAUCCCAGCCUCUUCGGCUCACAAAAGGAAACUAGAGUUCCCACCAUCAGUGUCGCCCCCGUCAAAACGGAGGCGAUCAGAGGGAGCGAGCAGUUCCAGCUUGCCAGGGUCACCUUUGCUGCAAAGAGAUGCCUCUGGAAAGCAUGUGGAUCACAACCAGAACUUCAAGGAAGUCAGGGAAAGUAGCAGUGGUAGAACUAUAUGUAAUUCUGUGAGUGGAGGGGUGGAGUAUAAAUCCGAGCACAGCAUCGGCUACAGGAGGGCCUCUGCGCAGAUUGCAACAUUCUCGGAGGCAAUGCUGGCAAGCCCACGGAAGCAUGUGACGACGCUGCAGCCAAAGAAUACAACAGUGACUUUGAUGAGCCACAAACUGGAGAUUCCGGAUGGUUGUGGAAACAAUCACCUGUCAGAGACCAAGAAGAAGAUCCCAGCUCUUGAGAAUUUAUCCGAAUUACCGUGUAACAAGAAAGGUACAGAGAAGACAACCACACCUAGUACACCCGACAGUUUGUCAGAUGACAUUAGUGACAAAUUCCUCAAAGUCGAUAAUGACAUACUAUUCAAGAAGGAGUCUGCAAUAGACAUUGUUGUGACAGACUGUGACGGAGUGCCACAAAGUACCGAGGCUCAGUGUAAGGAAGGUCUGAGGAAUAGUGCUCUUUCAGAGACUCCAAAUUUUCCUGGUGAAAAGGAGAGCCCCUCAGAUACACACUUCAAGUUCGUGCCGUCAGAUAGCUAUGAAGAUGAGUCCUCAGUGUUCACCGAGGAUUCCAACACGACAGAUGACAGUGCCCCAAAGGAUGUAGCAAGUACUAAAUCAAAGAAGCAGUAUACAAAAAAGAAGUGGCAAGACGUGCAGCCAAGGGCACCUCGGAAACGCCGCAUCGCCAGCCUGACUGCUGAGACCAAAGUGCACCUGCUCUAUGAGAAGGACGAGGUGGAAGGACCUAAGAAGCAUGCUGGCACCAAGAGUGCCAGGAAGAACUCUGAUGCCGUUAGCCCAGGGAUGGGUGUUCCAGUGACUCUGGCUGCGACAACUCCAAACCAGGGUACAAGAACGACACCCUUCACGUCAUGCAAACACCAAGUUGUCGCACAGUCAGGUGCCUCCAUGCCCUGCACUGACUGUGUGCAGCUUUAUUACUCUCUCUCCCUGAAGCAAACCCAGGAGCAAGACGGACCAAUAAAUCUGGACCUCAAGGACCAGAACUGCAGUUCUUGCUCAUGUAGUAAGGGUCGUUGUUCGUCAUGUGUAGCCCCAUCCAGAACAACGGACCCUCGGGGUCGUUGCAAAACCAUGAACGAAAAUAACCACCAGGCCCCGGUGGUACACAGCCCAAUGUCGGCCCCGGUUGUCAGCUCCUCCAAGAGACCUACGUUGGUUCCAACCAACAUGAGGAGAGCCACAGUGGACGCAGCUGAGUGCCAGAAGUUGACGUCGUUUCUGAAGAGCCCCCUGAUGCUCAGAAUGUCCAGACAUUCCACGGACGUAGAGAGUGCCCCAAACGGCAUGCCAGGAUUAGUCGAUGAAACAUUGGAGCAACUUUCCCUUUUACAAACAGAUGGGAUGAUUCCACCUUUGCUAGCCCCACCUAAUCUGCAAGCCCAGAUCCUGCCCACCAACCACCUGCAACCCAAAUCACGCAUUCCUAAGAAGAUCUUAAACCAGAGCAACCUGAAGCUGGGCAAGGGGGGUCGACGGAAGACCACCAACGGCUGGAGGGGCGUCGGAGAGCCCAUACUCAAACCUGUGGUUCUGAGGAAUGAUGCAGUGCGCGAGUAUCGCCACUGUUACAAUGCAAUCCGACGCAAGGAUGAUGAGAUCCGCACGCAAGACUGUGUCCUACUGCGGGCAGCGGCCAAUCGCAGGAAGGAGCCGGCCUACGUGGCUAAGGUGGCCUCUCUCUGGGAAGAGCCCGACUCAGGAGACCUAAUGAUGACACUUCUGUGGUAUUACCAACCAGAGCACACAGAAGCCGGCAGAUUACCCCACCACCUGGAGGGUGAGUUGUUUGCCUGUCGUCACUGGGAUGUCAACAGUGUAGCCUGCAUUGAGGACAGGUGUUAUGUACUUACACCAGCGGAGUACUCCAGAUACCGAGCCAAGCUGCAGAGACAGAAGGAAGCAAUCGUCCCCGGCAGACCUUGUGUGCCUGAAGACCCUGAAAGCUACCCAUGGUCGUACCGUCUCCCGCCGGACGACGUUAGCCCAGAGAACGUGUUCUUUUGCCGGCAGGUGUACGACUUCCGGCAGAAGAGGGUGCUGAAGAACCCCACAUGAUGAUGUCAUCAGCGAGAGUGGCUCUAGAGUAGAAGUAGAACGGGAUGGAUGCAAACGGUAGAGUUGCGUUCAAAUGCCGAAGCACCAGUAGACUGCCGACAGGAUCUCUAAACCAUCGUGAACAAACACCCGCCAGUGGAAGACAGUUACUUUUGAAAGGUGGAGAAAGCCGUGGGCUGUGCAGGAAUCUAUGCACAUUGUAGCACACCUGUGUAAAAGCCCAACAAAUUCCUGUUAGCAGAGGGGUAUGUCUGCAUGGUGUUUUAGUCAUUUGCCCGUUUUGAGAUAUGUUCCUCCCAGGUUGGCACCGUCGAAUGGCUCUGGAACAUAUUCCGCAGUGGUAUCCCCAUCCUGUUGGAAGUAGGUAGCCUGCCCAUUGUGCUGUUUAUGGAAUUUAAACUGUUUGCUCCUCCCAUCUUGUGCUUAUUGUUUAGACAAUAGUGUUGUGUGCAACGAAAUGCUUAACAAUAGUUACAGGUGUUUUUUGCGCGUAUGACAUGCACAUCUGGAGCUAAGUUCAUAGUGUAUGGAGAGGGCUGUUUGUCCUGUGUGGGUAGGGGAUAGGCCAUGAUGCAUCAGAAUAUAAGUCACACAGCUCUCGCAUUACUAGUUUGUGUGGCACUCUUAGUGGUUGGUGUGAUUAGGCAGCACUGGCUAUCUGCCUUGUGGAUGAGUGUAUGAUUGACAGAAUGCUGGUUUGUUCAGAAUUGAUGAUUUGAGAAUGGGAAAAAAAUGGUGAAAAUCUUAUCACAUCGAGAAUCUUUCACAUGAGGGUGGGAGAUUUUUUUUUAAUGACUCGUACAUCAAAAAAUUCCUCACAGUGCCUUUUGUGGAGUUGUGUGUAGCUUCAGAAACCUGAGUAAUUGUCAAAAAAGAUGGGACGACCAACUGUUUACCUUGACUAUUGUACCACUUCCUACCUAGAAUCAGUCACAGUCAGUAGGUCACUAUAGGUGAAUGUGUGUACUCCAUUACUAAGCGUAGUAUGUGUAUAUAUGCCCAUAUGCUUAAACUCACAGACUCAGGACUGACCAGUGCAAAUGUUUUGUAAGUUUUUAUUUCUUUUGCUUUCAAAGGCUCGAUGUUAUUAUUACCUUUUACCUGAUACUCGUAGUAAAAUGACCGUUGAGGCCAUUUACACAGAUGAGUAAGAGCAUUGAUGGAAAGUGAUGGUGGACAAAGUUUGCAUACAAGUAUGCUCACAAGGAGAAAAGUGGUCCAGUUUGCAAAAUAAUGAUGCAACUGACUUUUCAUAGUACAGUAGCGCCUAACGGAAAGAGUCAAAGGCAAUCCUAGGAUGCCCUCAACCAUGCUAGUCUGUCGGUGACGUUAUACCCAAUGGGACCAUUUGGCCAAAAUAAACUGAGUAUGGUAUCUAAGAAACAAUUGCUCUGGGGUCCAAACCCAUGGGUUUGUGGUCCCAUUGCAUGGUUUGUUCACUGUAGAUAUGAACAGGUCUAUAGGAAACCACUGUAUAUUAUUUUUACCAAGCGGAAUAUUCUUUACCGUUUGCUGUGUACAUGGGCCCUUGGCUUUAAUCUAGAGGUUAAUAACUAGCUGGGUGCUACAUCUGUGUCUGGGCGUAAAAGAGGUAGGUCUUGUGUGCAACCUUUCACCGAUAAAUUAAUUCCCCUAUUUUAAAAAAAUAUAUAUAUCUGAAAUAGAUACAUUUUUCAAACCACAAGGAAAUAUCCUAUUAAGAAUUCAUUUGAAGUCUUAAGAAUCUAUGAGUUUGUAAAACAUGGCAUUCGCUUGACAAAGUUGUUUCUCGUUGACAGAUGGUUUGCAUUAAGUUUUGCAAUCUCAAAGGCUUUAGGCACCCCCUGAUUUGUGUGUGUGUGUCCUUGAAUUUCCAGUUUGUAGGUACGGGGGAAAGGUUAUGGUUUAUUUUUGCUUUUUAAUUUUCUUGAACAAUUAACUCAUGUCUAGCGAUGUGCCUGAAAUAGAUGUAAAUUGAUUGCAAGUAACUGGUGGUACAUGUAAGUAGGUCUUCUUUUGUUGUUGAAAGUUUUCCAGAUAUACAUGCGUUCAUCAUGUGACUUAUUUAUAAAUAAUUUGCACAUUCAAGUGUUUGCCUGUCUUUGUUCGGAACUCACUUACAAAAUAUGAAGCCAAUAAGAUGUUAAUUCUUCCUGUGUUCUAUGUAUUAAAAUUUGUGAUAGGCAAUAUGAGAUUUUGAAUUUUGCCUGGACAUUUUCGGUGCACAGGAGCUUUUGAGUGAAACCAAACUUAGAUGCCACUAUUUGUAAGUUAUUGAAAAAAGUGUAUAAAUUACUUGUAAGAUAUAUAAAAGAUAUAUGAGUAUCGGCUUUAAACUUGUACAGUACAUGAUGUACAGAUAAAAUGUAAAUUGAGUGUGAAGUGAGUUGUAAAGUCAGGGUACAUGACAGGAUCACUUGGGAAAGUAGAAUGAUUUUCAUGUUGCAGUAGUGUGGUACCAUCCCUGUUAGAGUCAUGAGAUAUAUUUUGGUAUUCUUCUAUGCACUUUCCUGCUCUAUUUUUUGCACAGAAUAUGGAAAAAAGUCUGAUUGAUGUACAUGUAAUGAUUACAAAUAGUUUUUAACUGUCAACCUCCAGGCAUGACCUUGUUUGGGCAUCCCCCUGUAAUGGGGAAAUUGUGAAUUUCUGAGACUGGCUUUUCCAAAAUCCUGCAAAUCUUUUUUCAGGGGGUUGGGAGUAUUUUUUGCACAUUGCUGUAAAAAUUGACUGGUGAAUUUUCAAUCCAAGCAGCAGUUGUUGAAUUUUCAAUCCAAGCAGCAGUUGUUGAAUUUUCAAUCCAAGCAGCAGUUGUUUCCAGUUUACCCAAUGGAAUACAGGUGAGACUUAGUCCAAGCAGUGUGGGUGCUACAGUUGCUAACGACCUGUUUUGGAUGAGCAGAAUAUUUGUGUGCUGUGAUUUUCUUUCAGUUGUUACAGAUUGGAUCCAUGUGUGUGUACACGUUUGAAACCGUGUGUUGAAGUGCUACAGGAAAUUGUUGCUAAUACUUUCCUGUUAGAUAAGCCAAAUAUUCUUUAGUCACAAGAUGUUUACAUAGUGGGGGUGUGCGCCUCUCCCUAGAAAA